UGUACUGGAUUCAGCCUGGCCUGAUCGGUUGAGGAUCGAGUGAUGUCGAUUCGAUUACUUGUGAAUUAGUUGUAGUGCUUGAGGGAUAGUGAUGAUGUCAGCACCACCUACGAAAAGGGCCCGCAUUCCUUCAGAUUCCGGUGCAGCUAUGUCCAACGCAGAGGAGAGUGAUGGGAUUUUGUCUGACUUCCGCCUAUACUCAGCUGAAAUGACAGCAAAACAAGAUAGACAUGAGCGUAUAGUCAAGCUGGGUCGUGAUUUGACAGUUCUUAGCAAGAGGACAAUAUUCGCUCUGCAGCGUGUUCUUCUGGACUGUGAUGAAUCCCGCUCUAAACUUGUUGUUGAGGCACGUGACAAGCUGAAUGGAGGUGCUGGAGAUCUGUUGUACAAAAUAGCCAUGGAACUAUGCGGUGUUUCUGUUGACUUAUACUCACGUGCAUACAGCCCUGGUAUACAGGAGUACAUUGAGGCGAGAUGCCUACUGUACUUCAUAGAGCACGGUAGUGUAAUAUCCAGAGCGACUUGUAUUGCACUCAUACAAGCCAGUAUCGACAGCUGCAAGGCAGCAAAGGGGGACAGCAAGUCACCCGAUGCGCUGACGGUCCCUGUUUCAGUCUACGACUAUGUGUUGGGUGUGGCUGAUGUAGGCGGCGAGCUGAUGCGAUUGGCAACCAAUAAUGCUAGCAGUGGCAAUCGCGAUGCCCCCUUUCAAAUAUGUGCCUUUAUCCGAGCACUCUAUGAGGAGCUCACCGUACUUGAGGCAGUGUCCCAUGGCAAAAGCUUCCACCAGAAAUUAAACACCAUGCAAGCCACAUUGACAAAAUUGGAAAGCGCCUGCUACGCGCUGAAGAUCCGUGGCACUGAAGUGCCCACGCAAAUGCUCAGUGACCUUUUUAAGGGGAGCAGCAGUACGUCUGGGACAAAAUCAGAUGAGACUCGAUCACAGGACUGACUGGAAUCGUCUCUACCAGCACUGUUGUAUGAAAUAUUGGCACACCAGGAAGCCUGUCUCCAUUUGUGGCUUGUCAGCUCCAGGUACGUCGAUCACUGCUUCGAUGCUGUUGCCUGUAUUGGCACUGCUAUACUAGCCACCAGGCAGCAUACGUCGUGUGUCUUGUGAGUUACAGCUGUGUGUGUGUGUGUGUGUGUGUGUGUGUGUGUGUGUGUGUGUGCGUGUGUGAGGGUGUGUGAGUUUGUGCUCAUUCACCUCACCUCACACCACCGAAAAACUACAGUAUUCCACGGCUGUAACUAUGCUCUGCUAAGGCAUAACGUCCUCCGUGCUGCUUGUAAUUGUGUACAUGGCUCGACGAACUCUUGUUGGGAGUCAGCUGAGUUUGGCCUGUCCCAGCAGCGUACGCAAUGGCUAUGCCUAAGACUCAGGCCAGUGCUUGCUCUUGCGCUGUACGUUCUUACAGUUGAUUUAAGGUGAUGGCUGGCCAAGCUAGUCAGGGUGUCAAAGCCUGCCACGUGCCACCCUCCACUUCUUGCAACCUUAUUCCUAGCAGUAGCAGCUACACAUACUCCAGUAACAAUUGCUCCAUCCGGCCAAGUUGGUACUGCCGUGUGAAGCCAAGCCACUUUCUGGCCUGUGUUUAUACUGGAAACUUGCGAACUUCGGCGUUGCGUUCUACCCACCUCUGACUCGUUGUGUUGCAGGCCAUUUCCUCUACACAUUCUAACUGUACAUGUGCAUGCAGCUGACUUCAGCAACCGUUAACCCGUCUCUCAUCGCGGAGCACGUUAGGCCCAGCGCUGCACACAGACAUCGCUAACUCUGCUCAUGGUUUGCUCGCAUCUUGGCUUCCUGCCAUGCACAUUCCGCUAUCUCGUGCUUGAGAUUCUACCUGGUCGCCCUGGUAACAGUGAUGCCGCAUGGCCGAGUGUUGCGCAAUGUUUUGUUUUACGUAGGAUUUUCAUUGCAUACCAGUUCCGAUUAUCUCUGAUCAUCAGAUCGUGUAGUCAUACCAUACACAGGGCCUGUAUCAUACCCGCCGUACAUCAUGUAGUAGUCUCGCUGAGUGACUUAGCGUCUGUACAGCUACGAGUGUGCUGUGGCGGAGCCUCAGUGACUGUGUAGCUGUGGCUGCAGGCCGCUUUGUUCCGACACCUGUAGCUUGGUGUCACUGCACUCAACAUGGCGUAUAAGGUCACCUAUCGUUACUCGGUAUACGCAUACUCACGACAGCUCAUAAACAGUUUUAUCUUGUCCAGUGGUGUGAAUUCAUUGGCCUGGCUCCUGCUGUUGAUUUGAACUUCUUUUUAAAGUACAUGUAGUUGCCUUUGUUUGAAUGUACGGAAGUACGUCCAUGUACCACGAG